AUGUGGAUACUUAUUGCCCUCAUUGUAGUUUUUUUGCUACUUUUGCUGUGGGCAUCCGAGCUUCUGACGAUGCUUUCCCUAUUGGGGACGCUUCUCAUCUCAGCGCUUCUCGCGCGGCUUUCAGGUAUGUUUCUUUUUGGUGAUAGUUCCCAGACGGCGAUGCUGGCGACGCGUGCGACAACGCAACCAAAGGCGUCAAGUGAAAAAAAGGAGGUGAGUGUUAUUUUUGGAACUCAAACGGGUACAGCAGAGAUGUUUGCAAAGACACUUGUGCGGGAAGGGACACGACUGGGGGUUUCUACAAAACUUGUUGACGUGGAGAACUAUGAGAGAAGCAAUCUCGAGUACGAGAGGCUCGUGAUAAUUGUCUGCGCUACGUAUGGCGAGGGCGAACCCACAGAUUCAAUGAAGGAAUUUCACGACUGGCUGAUGGAUGACACCCGUACCCCGGAUGAGGAGUUGCGAAACGUCAAGUACGCCGUAUUUGGCCUGGGCGAUCGUCAGUAUCGUUACUUCUGCGAGGAAGGCAUUGCGGUGGAUCGUCGCAUGGCGGAGUUGGGGGCGCAGCGCAUAUACGGCCUUGGCUGCGGCGACGCUGGUCAAAACAUUGAAGAGGAGUUUGAUGAGUGGCGUCGCGACUUGUGGCCGGCAGUGGGUUGCAUGCUUGGAAUCGUGUUGCGCCAAUACACACAAGAACCAGUGGAGCCGGAGUGCCGCAUGAAGAUGUGGGACGUGUCGGAGGAGGCUCCCCUCCCAUUCCCGAAACUUGCCUCUGUGCUGGAGCCAACCCAACGUCUGCCUGCAUGGGUGCCGGUGGUGGCAAACGUGGAGCUGCUGCGUAACACCACCGAGCGCAGCACGCGACACAUUGAGUUGGAUAUUGAGGGCACAAUCAUCUCGUAUCAGAGCGGCGACCACCUCGGCAUCCUUCCACACAACACUGAUGCGAUGGUGGAUGCCUAUCUGCAGAUACUCGGUCUCAGCGGGGAGGAAGCCUCGCAAGUGUUUUCCUUGCAGGAUAAAACGGGGAAAAAUGUGUUUCCGGCUCGUGUCACGGUUCGAACGGCCCUCAAGUGGUACAUUGACCUCGCCGGACACCCAAAGAAGUCCACACUCCGUGCCUUUGCCCACUUCGCGAAGGAUCCAGCCGAAAAGGAGGCAUUGCUGAAGCUGUUACUCCUGGAGCCGGAGUCGAUGAAGGAGUUUGCCAAACUUUCAGCCAAGUUGUGGAACAUUCACGGAUUCCUUCGAAAGUACCGCUCCAUUUCGUUACCGCUUGAGUUUUUUCUUGAAAUGAUGCCGCGGAUUGCACCUCGUUACUUUUCGAUUUCUUCCGACCUCCUCUCACAUCCCCACUCGGUUUCUAUCACAGCAGCAAUUGUUCAGGGCGGGCUUUGCACAGGAAUGCUGCGGGAAAUGCCAUGUGGGGAGAAAAUUCCUGUUUUUGUGCGCAAAUCUAAGUUUCAUCUUCCAUUGCGAGCGAAGGAACGGCCUAUUGUGAUGAUAGGGCCUGGAACAGGUGUGGCUCCCCUUAUUGGGUUUCUUUAUCGCCGCAAUGCAUGGAAGAAGAAGGGCAACAAACUUGGCAAGGCGAUGCUCUUUUUUGGAUGCAGGAGGAAAGACGAGGAUCACAUUUACAGUGACUUUAUGAUGGAAUGCUUGACAAACGGAACAUUGUCAGUGUUAGACGUUGCCUACAGCCGAGAGCAGGAGGCAAAGGUGUACGUGCAGCACCGUGUGAGGGCUCGUGAAGAUGAAAUUUGGGAAAUUUUGCGCGAUGGAGGAAAUCUUUAUCUCUGCGGGGAUGCAAAGUACAUGGCGAAAGAUGUAGAGGAGACGCUGGUCGAGAUUGUGCAGAAAAAAGCACCUAUGAGUGAGGAGGAGGCAAAGACCUACUUUGUGAAGCUUCAUGAGAAUGAUCGCUACCUGAAGGAUGUUUGGUCGGCGUCGUAG